GUCCUAACCAAGCGAGUUCUAUAGCCACCAAAAAAUAACAAAAAACAACAACACAUACAUACACUAACAAUAUUACCAGCUCAGCCAAAAAAACUAUAUUCACUCUUCUUCAUCAAUCAGUCUUCCUUCCCCCUCCCUUUCAUUUGAUUCUCCUCAUUCUUCCCAAAAUGAUUGUGGUGAAGUUGACAGGUUAAUCCCCCCCACCAAUACAGCUAAUAUUGUUUUUUGAUUCCGAUAUCGAAUCGUGGGAAAAACACCGCCGCCGCCGGCCACCACCAGAGAAUUAAUCCUCUGCAGCGCCGCCGAAAACAGAGCACGGGAAGGAUGGGUCUGAUACAACUGAUUCUGGUGGGAAUAUUAGUGGUUUGUGUAACCAUGUUCAUGAAAGUGACGUACGAGACCAUAUGGUGUUACUGGCUAACUCCCAGACGCAUCAAGAAAAUCAUGGAGAAGCAAGGAGUGCGUGGCCCAAAUCCCCGGUUUCUAGUUGGCAACAUUUUGGACAUGGCUUCCUUCGUCUCCAAGUCCACUUCCCAAGACAUGGAUUCCAUCCACCACGACAUCGUGGGCCGGCUCCUCCCCCAUUAUGUUGCAUGGUCUAAAAUCUACGGUAAAAGGUUUAUAUACUGGAACGGAACGGAACCCAGGAUGUGCCUGAGCGAAACGGAACUGAUUAAAGAAUUGCUGUCAAAAUACAGCACGAUUUCAGGGAAAUCGUGGCAGCAGCAACAGGGGACCAAGCAUUUCAUCGGCCGUGGUUUGUUAAUGGCCAACGGCGACGACUGGUACCACCAGAGACACCUUGUUGCUCCGGCAUUCAUGAGAGAUAAACUCAAGAGUUAUGCAGGGUACAUGGUGGAAUGCACCAAGGAGAUGCUCCAAUCAUUGGAAAAUGCAAUUGGGAGUAAUAAAUUCGGAGAAAAUGAGGUUGAAAUCGGUCAGUACAUGGCUCGACUCACUGCCGAUAUUAUUUCCAGAACUGAGUUUGACCGUAAUUACGAGAAAGGGAAGCAAAUAUUUGACAAGCUCACCUUAUUGCAAAAACGCUGCGCCGAAGCUAGCCGGCAUUUAUUUUACCCCGGGAGUCGGUUCUUUCCGAGUAAAUAUAAUAGGGAGAUAAAAUCAAUGAAGAUGGAAGUGGAGAAAUUGCUGAUGGAGAUCAUUCAAAGCAGGAAGGACACAGUAGAAGUGGGAAGAAGCAAUUCUUAUGGAAAUGAUUUGUUGGGGAUGCUAUUGAAUGAAAUGCAGAAUAAGAAAGGGGAUGGAUCAUUUAGCCUAAACUUGCAGCUCAUCAUGGAUGAGUGCAAAACUUUCUUCUUCGCAGGACAUGAGACGACUGCCGUUUUGCUGGCUUGGACCGUCAUGUUGUUAGCCACUAACCCUGAUUGGCAAGACAAAAUUCGUGCUCAAGUCAAUGAGGUUUGUAACGGCAACCAUCCAACCAUUGACCAGCUCUCCAAACUCACCAUGUUGAACAUGGUGAUUAACGAGUCAUUGAGAUUAUACCCACCAGCAACAGUCCUACCAAGAAUGGCAUUUGAAGACAUUCAAUUAGGUGAUCUCCAUAUUCCAAAGGGUUUAUCGAUAUGGAUACCGAUGUUAGCCAUUCAUCACAGUAAGGAAAUAUGGGGUCCCGAUGCCAACGAAUUCAAGCCAGACCGGUUCAAAUCCAAAACGUUCUUCCCCGGGUUCAUGCCUUUUGCAUCUGGUCCCAGAAACUGCAUUGGUCAAUCUUUCGCUCUCAUGGAAUCCAAGAUCAUAUUAGCCAUGUUGAUCUCAAAGUUCAGCUUCACUAUUUCUGAGAAUUAUCGUCAUGCUCCCGUUGUGGUCCUGACGGUUAAACCUAAAUACGGGGUUCAAAUUCGGCUAAACCCAUUAAAUUAAACUCAUAAAAAGAUUGUCUAUUUGUUUCGGGUCAUGUCAUUUUGGAAUAGAAAAAAUCACAGUUCCUCAUAAAUUUCUUUCUGGAAGAGAAGAAGAAAAUCCUUAUUUAGGAGGAUCAGUGAGUGUCAUUAUUUUGUUUUUUCUUUUUUCUUUUCCUUUUAAUCUCUCCUCCACUUUCACUAGUUUGAGCGGUAUUUGUUGGAGAGAACUCAAUUAAAUAUAAGGAGGCUCAAAUUUAUUUUUUUUUCAGCAAAUGUGUUAGUUCAAAAUGUCUUUGAACUCUACAUGUAUUUUACUAAUUGUAUAAUUAUCCAAUGGAAAUUAAAAGGCAAGAAAUCAUGAUUAAUUC